AUGUUGAAAAAUAAGACUCAGAAGGAAUUGCUACAAUUAUGCCGGACAAUUAUCCAGCCUUUGGCACCCAAUUUCCACAAGGGACAAUCGGGCAAAAUAGCAGUCAUUGGGGGUAGCGAAGACUAUACCGGAGCACCAUUCUUCGCUAGUCACUCGUCUGCAUUAUUAGGAGCGGAUUUGAGCCAUAUUAUAUGCGAGAAGAUGGCAUCUCCGGUGUUGAAGCUGUAUUCGCCAGACUUGAUGGUGCACCCAUAUUUGUAUGAGCUCCAGAGCCCAGAAAUGAAGGAACAUUUAUCGAAGAGUGAAGUGGAUGCAUUGCUCAGGUUGACGGUAGAAGAUGUGGUGGUCAAGGACCAACGCCAGUUGGAUGAGAUCAUUGAAGAUGUAAUAUUGCCGAAGAUCGUUGGGUUGUUGGAGAGAAUUGAUAUAGUUGUGAUCGGGCCGGGGUUCGGCAGAGACCCGUUGAUGUUGAAGACACUUGUCAAAAUCAUUGAGCAGCUCAAAGUGAUGAAUAAACCCAUGAUCUUGGAUGCAGAUGCGUUGUACUUGUUGUCGAUCGACCCGCUGCUCGUGAAGAAUUACUCCAAGGCAAUCAUUACCCCCAACGUGGUAGAAUUUGACAGACUUGCAAAAAAAUUGAACGUCAAGUUUUCCAUCAACGAAACAGAUGUCUCCAACUUAAUAGAGUCCUCAAUUAACUUGUCGCAAAAGUUAGGAAACGUUACCGUUAUCCAAAAGAACUUCAAGGAAAUCAUGGUUCGCGACGGUGAGUAUCUUAUCAACGAACUUGAGGGGUCAAAUAGACGAGUGGGUGGUCAAGGCGAUACCCUAACAGGAGCCAUUGCAACCUUUGUAAACUGGUCUAAUAACUACAACGACGGAUUAUGGGAUCCAACAUCAAAAAAAGACAAAUUAUCGUCUGAAGAUCUGAACUUGUUAGCAUGUUUUGCGGCAUCAUCUACAGUGAGACUUGCGGCUUCUAAAGCCUUCGCUAAAUAUGGCAGAUCCAUGCAAACCUCGAACGUUCAUGAGUUCCUCGGCAAGGCCUACGACGAAUUAUUCGAAAAUGACAACUAUAUAAAGCUCUAA